GUAUACCAAUCGUAAACCAAUGUCUCUAUGAAAAGGCUCACAUCACUUCUCCCAUAUGAAACGAAAGGGUGAUAUAGAAAACUAGAAACCAAACAAGAGCAGCAGAGUAGAGCUUCAACAGUCACAUGGGAGCAAGCCGCUGAAGGCUUGGCCUUAGUGGCAGGGGGACAAAGAAAAAGGCAUGCAGUAGCCGUAGUAGCUCUUGUCAAAUUGGGGGGAAGGCACGACGAGUCAAUCACAAUAUUGAAUACCCUGCUCAGUUUUGUGGGUGGCUAAUGGCUAUACAUGGAUGGAUCUACAACACUAUCUCACUGACCACUGCUGACCAACUUCAUUGCCCACCCACCCAGCAAUUAUACAUACAGAGGAAAUUUACCAUGGGAUUGAAUGCAUCGUCAAACGCAACAGAGGGGAAUCCAAUGUGGUUUUUGUGCUGCGAGUGAUCUCAUUUAUAGCUCUUUCGUACAUCAGCACAAACACAUUCAUUGAUUGAUUGCAUACUGAAGCUGCUGUCCCCACGAAAUCAUUGAUUGAAUGAAUGAAAUCUUCGUCCCCUGCAGAAUUUUCUUCAUCCUGUCUCAUUAAACUCGGAGUGAAAAACGUUAGAUAGUUCAUUGACAGGCCAAUUUAUUGAGCCGAGCUGUGGGUCGUGCCAGGUGAUUGUUGAUGGGUAAAAAGCAGGAAAACAGAGGAACGGGAAAGUGAAUGCUGAAUAGUGUAAACCAUAAAGGGGAAAAUAGAGAAAGAAACUUCAUUACUUGGGUUGGAAUUUGAAGCUAGCUGCUGGCUUGCCUUGAGCGAUGGAGACACCACAAGCAGCAGACCAGCUGUGUCCCCGAGCUAAAGACCAAAAAGGUGCACCAAAGUUCCUGUCCUUCUGGGGUUCCUCCAUUCUCGUUUCGAGGAAAUUUUUUUGGAUUGGGCUAAAAUAUAUGGAUCCAUUCCCCAAUCUUCUGUUUAUUUUAAUUAAACCGGUAUGACGACAUGAGCUUCCAAGUUUUCAACUAAUUUGGCCUGUUGCUGAAUCUGGGGGAUAGAUUUGUUGAUUUGUGCAACAACUCUGGGAGAAAAAAAUGUUUUGCUAGAUCAAUGACACAAAUAUAUUUUUUUUUAAAAAUUUACCAGGCAGAUUAAAAAAUAUUGGCACAGUUAUUGUGUUUUGGAGAAAAAAAUCGGCUAGACCACCUGAGACUCAGGCGCUGCCGCUUUUUCUGUCUUUUUGGAUCGUUUUUUUAAGGUGACAGCGGCGGCGCCUAAGACUGAGGUGGCGCCGCAUGAGGCAUAGGUGAGUAGGUGGGAAAUUGUCCCAGGCGUUGGCACCCAAGACUAAGGUGACAUCGCUGGCUUAUUGCUAACUACCCCCUAUAAAACCAGCGAAUUUCGUUUCAGUUAUUCACACCACAAAAAAAUCGACCAAGAUAGAGGAGAGCUCUGGUUGCUGCUGCAAAAAUGACUAAUAGGUAAUAAACACAUUUAUUAUUUUAAUUAUAUUAUUCAAAUGCUAUUAUGAUUGUGUUUAGUUUUAAUUAGUGAGUUUGUUUUUCUGUAGUAAUUUUAGAAGAUUUGAACUAGUCAUUCGGUGGAAAUCGGAGAAAGUAGAGGAUAAUUUGGACAUCAAAUUAGUUGGUGGUAGUAGUUUUCAGUUGACGGUUCCAUCCAGGGUCACAUAUCACAAACUUUGUGAGAAUCUAAUUCCGAGAAUACGGUGUAGAGAUGAAGCAGUACAAGAUAGUGAUGUGAUCACAGGUUUCACUUACCGUCUCCCAUAAUGGCAGAAUGGUGUUUUAUUUCAUUAUGUGAUGCCUAUUGUGGAUGAUGAUAGCUUGAAUGUGCUUUGGAAUUUUAUUGCACAAAAUCCUUAUUGUUUGGGUGCUGAGAUACAUGUUGAGCUCAGUGAGGAUCAGGGUGGAGAGGAAGAAGAUGAUACAUGGAGCGUGUCAUCUGAUCAUGACUAUGAUGACGGAGAGGAGGAAGAUGAGGAGGAGGUGGAGGAGGAAGAGGAGGAAGAGGGGGAAGGAGAACAACCUAAUUAUCCUCAAUAUUUUUACUUGCAGGGUAAUGAAGAGGACGAAGAAUUAUCACUUGCUGAUUCAUAUGGCGUAAUUCCAAUGCCUAUUGUUGCUAGUUUUGAAGGAGAAUUCUACAAGGGGCAGAUAUUUCACCCGAAACAAGCUGCACAGAUGGCGAUUAAACACCACGCACUACAACGCAACUUUCAAUAUGGCGUGGUGGAGUCGCAACUUUCAAUAUGGUGCGGUUUGGAUGUCGAGAUGUUGGAGGCGAAUGGACUGUGAGAAAGGCUGAGUUGGUGCAUUCUUGUAGCAGUACGACUCAACCAAUGCAUCACCGUCGAUGGCCAGACCGGACAGUGUAACAACGUCCUCUAACGUGAUCGUGACCUCACCAAAUGGUAUAUGGAAGGUCGACGUCUCGGGUCGCCACCGCUCUACGAGAGCAGUAAUCAAACUCGCAUCGGAGUUCAUAGGGACCAAAGGCACGACACUAAACAAGCCAACCGCUUCGAGAUAUGGCCGAUAAAGCUCAUGUACGUCA